AUGUGCCUCCGUGUGUUCCGUAACCAUGUCCCCCGUGCCUCCUCGUGUUCCGUAACCAUGUCCCCCGUGCCUCCUUGUGUUCCGUUCCGUAACCAUGUCCCCCGUGCCUCCUCGCGUUCCCAGGAGGUUCAGAUGAAGUUCAUGGACGGCCGGAUCAAGCUGAUGAACGAGAUCCUGGGGGGGAUCAAGAUCCUGAAGUUCUACGCCUGGGAGCGGGCCUUCCUGGAGCGGGUGGAGGGCCUCCGAGAGCAGGAGCUGGCGGCCCUGAAGAGAUCCCAGGUCCUCUACUCCAUCUCCAUCGCCUCCUUCAACUCCUCCUCCUUCCUGAUUGCGUUCGCCAUGUUCGGAGUCUACGUGUUGAUCGACGACAAAAACGUCCUGGACGCCCAGAAGGUCUUUGUCUCCAUGGCGCUGAUAAACAUCCUGAAGACCCCGCUGAGUCAGCUGCCCUUUGCCAUGAGCACCACCAUGCAGGCCCUCGUCUCUCUGAAGCGCCUGGGAAAGUUCCUGUGCCAGGACGAGCUCAAGCCUGACAGUGUGGAGAGAGCCCCCUACAGCCCUGAUGGUGACGGGGUGGUGAUAGACGGCGGCACCUUUGCGUGGGCCAGGGAGGGCCCCCCCUGUCUGAGGAGGAUCACCAUGCGGGUGAAGAGGGGCUCCCUGGUGGCCGUGGUGGGCCACGUGGGCUCAGGGAAGUCCUCGCUGCUGUCCGCCAUGCUGGGAGAGAUGGAGAAGAGGAGCGGGUCCGUCUGCGUCAAGGGCUCGGUGGCCUAUGUCCCCCAGCAGGCCUGGAUCCAGAACGCCACCCUGAAAGACAACAUCCUGUUUGGCCAGGAGAGGAAGGAGAGCUGGUAUCACAGGGUGGUGGAGGCCUGCGCCCUGCUGCCAGACCUGGACAUUCUGCCCGCUGGAGACGGCACCGAGAUCGGGGAGAAGGGCCUGAACCUGUCAGGGGGCCAGAAGCAGAGGGUGAGCCUGGCCCGGGCGGUCUUCAGGAAGGCGGACGUCUACCUGCUGGACGACCCCCUCUCCGCCGUGGACGCCCACGUGGGCCAGCACAUCUUCGACAGGGUCGUGGGGCCCAGGGGCGUGCUCAAGGACAAGACCCGUGUGCUGGUGACCCACGGCCUGGGCUACCUGCCCCAGGCCGACCUGAUCCUGGUGAUGGUGGAGGGAGAGAUCACAGAGAUGGGCUCCUACCUGGAGCUGAUGGGGAGGAAGGGGGCGUUCGCCGAGUUCAUCCGGGUCUUCGCUGGCACAGAGCGCAGAGAGAGCUCCACGCACAAGGGAAAGCGCAAGUCGGUCUCGUCUCGCCUCAGCAUGACGGACUUCUCCAUCGAUCUCUCCCAGGAGCAGCUCAUCAGCUGUGACAUGAGCAGUGCCAGUAUCCAGGCCAUGGAAGCCAUCUCUGACCUGGACCAGCAGCAGGACCCAGAGGACCUGGGCAAGCUCACGGAGGCUGACAAGGCCAACACUGGGAGGGUGAAGCUAGAGAUGUACAGCGAGUACUUCAAGACGAUUGGCUUAGCCUUCAUCAUCCCCAUCGUCCUCCUCUACGCCUUCCAGCAGGGCGCCUCCCUCGCCUACAACUAUUGGCUGAGCCUCUGGGCCGACGACCCCAUCGUCAACGGCACCCAGAUCGACACCGACCUCAAGCUGGGCGUGUUUGGAGCGCUGGGAUUCGCUCAAGGCGUAGCCGUGUUCGGCACCACGGUGGCCAUCUCCCUGGGGGGCAUCAUCGCCUCGCGCCACCUCCACACGGACCUCCUCAACAACGUCCUCCACUCGCCCAUGUCCUUCUUCGAGUGCACGCCCAGCGGCAACCUCCUCAACCGCUUCUCCAAGGAGAUCGACGCCAUCGACUGCAUGAUCCCCGACGGGCUCAAGAUGAUGCUGGGGUACGUCUUCAAGCUGCUGGAGGUGUGCAUCAUCGUCCUCAUGGCCACGCCCUUCGCCGGCGUGGUGCUCCUGCCCCUCGCGCUGCUCUACGCGUUCGUGCAGAGCUUCUACGUGGCCACGUCCUGUCAGCUGAGGCGUCUGGAGGCGGUGAGCCGCUCGCCCAUCUACAGCCACUUCAACGAGACGGCGCAGGGCGUGAGCGUGGUGCGCGCCUUCGGGGAGCAGCAUCGCUUCGUCCUGCAGGCCGACCGGCGCAUCGACCUCAACCAGAUGUCCUACUUCCCCCGCUUUGUGGCCACCAGGUGGCUGGCAGUGAACCUGGAGUUCCUGGGGAAUCUGCUGGUGCUGGCAGCGGCCAUCUUGUCAGUGCGGGGCAGAGCGUACCUGAGUCCAGGCAUCGUGGGGCUGGCCGUGUCCCACUCCCUGCAGGUGACGGGCAUCCUGAGCUGGAUCGUUCGAGCCUGGACCGAUGUGGAGAACAACAUCGUGUCCGUGGAGAGGGUGAAGGAGUACGCCGAAACUGCAAAAGAGGCUCCCUGGACCGUGGAGGGGAGCCCGCUCCCUCUGGCCUGGCCCUCCACUGGAACCAUCCGGAUAGAGGAUUAUGGGCUGCAGUACCGCAAGGGCCUGGACUGGGCCCUGAAAGGCAUCUCCCUCCACAUUCAGGAGAGAGAGAAGGUGGGGAUCGUGGGACGGACCGGAGCAGGGAAGUCUUCUCUGGCGUUGGGGAUUUUCCGCAUCCUGGAGGCGGCGAAGGGAGAGAUCUACAUCGACGGAAUCAACAUCGCUCACAUCGGCCUCCAUGACCUUCGAUCCAGGAUCACCAUCAUUCCACAGGACCCCGUGCUGUUCUCUGGGUCUCUGAGGAUGAACCUGGACCCCUUCGACAGCUACUCGGACGAGGAGGUGUGGAGAUCCCUGGAGCUCGCCCACCUCAAGAGCUUCGUGUGCAGCCUGCCACACAAGCUGAGCCACGAGUGCUCCGAGGGAGGAGAGAAUCUCAGUCUGGGCCAGCGCCAGCUGGUGUGCCUGGCCCGAGCUCUCCUGAGGAAGACCAAGAUCCUGGUUCUGGACGAGGCCACAGCGGCUGUGGACCUGGAGAUGGACAACCUGAUCCAGUCCACCAUCCGCACCCAGUUUGAGGACUGCACUGUCCUGACCAUCGCUCACAGACUCAACACCAUCAUGGACUACACCAGGGUGAUUGUGAUGGACAGAGGGUCCAUCACAGAGAUGGAUUCCCCCUCCAACCUCAUCUCCCAACGUGGACAGUUCUAUCGCAUGUGCCUGGAGGCCGGCCUGGUGUGAGCUCUCCCCAGACAUGAGGCUCCAGGGUCGGGCAAACCCAGCCACAGACGCCCUUCCUCCUCUGGAGGACCACGUGGGAACUGGACAGCCAAGCUAGAAGAACCAUGAGAGCACUAGAGACUCAAAUGACUAGAAUCGAAUUAACGUGCAUUGUUCUGCCACAGGCGGGACGACCAGACAAUCCCAGGAUUGGGACUGUGUCUAACCUGGUGAUAGAGAAGCCGAGGACACAGACAGGUAGAACAGGAAGUCUUAAUCGGAACUUUGACUUGAACUUGAUGAGACGCUCGUUGCGUUGCGUGGAGACCCUCGCAUUGCGGGAGUGAGACGACACACGCAGGGCUUACCGAAGCCAGAGGGAUCGUUCCACACACGUCCUCGCACACAAACACUUUGUCUCUCUUUGCCGAACGUAGCUUUCCACCCACGAUGUCUGACAAACACACUCUGUCUUUCCACACGAUGUGCUGACCGUCAAACCUGCCGUAAGAUGUUAGACUGGCCCUCAUCACCCUUACUUAGAAUGUAAAUAACCGAGAGACAUCCUAAGUAAUUGUCUUUGUUUUGUAUUCAGUUUCCAAGAUGGUGCUUAGUUUACUGAGAGUUGUGGUAAGAAAACUGUUCUCUUUUUCAAACGUCUGUCGAGAAAAGUAAUGCUAUGAGACAAUAAAAUGAUAAUGAGCUAAAAAGACAACUUUAUUUAUUAAAGUACAACAUUUUAAAAAGAGGACAAAAUAUCUGAAUCUAACAAGAAUAUGUAAUGUCUGUGUACACAUUUUGAGGCACUUAAAUUUGUUACGUUCUUUGGAAAAUUAAACCUAAUUGGAACGUUUACAUGGUGUGUAGUGGUCUGUUUUCAAAACUGCAUAUACAAUAACUGAAAGGUUUACCU